AUGUCCAAACAAGAACCCCUUAACUGGACCUUGCGGUUCAAGAAACACAAGACAACAGUACUGCUCAUGCUUCCCGCGGACGAAUCGAUCACAUCGACCAAGGAAAAGCUCCUAAACGCGCUCAACGCUCGUGGACUCAAGGAAAUUAACGGUGAUGCGAUCCCAGAAAACCACUCUGAUAUCGAACUGGGUGUUCCCAUCGACCGGAAUCAACUCGACCGCGGUUGGAUUACGUUGGACCCUGUAGUUGAGGAGAGCGACAAGCCAGCGAUAAAGAAGGGCGCAAAGAAGGUUUCUCCUCAUAGCCUUCAAGCAGCAAAUAUUCGAAACGGCCAGGCUCUUGCCUUUCGCUUUAGGACAAGCUCAGAUGGCGACGAACUUGGCGGGGGCCCUGGUCACAUACCCGCCAUAUUUACCCAUCCUUACAACCAGGCCGAGAGUGUGAGCCACACGCCAUUCGGGAUGGCUGCAAAAAGCGCCUCGUCAUCAAUCUCCGUGACGGUCAGAGUGCGGCCCUUUACCAUUCGAGAAGCUGCCCAACUUUCCAAAUGUGAUGACACACCUUUGUUCCUCGGCGAUGGGUCCCUCGCCGGUGUUCCCAGUGCUCCAAAGCUGGCACAGAGAGGAAUCAGACCCGUCAUCAAAGUUGUUGAUGAUAGAUGCUUGAUUUUCGAUCCCCCUGAAGACAAUCCUGUGCAGAAAUUCUCCCGCAGCGUCGUACCAAACGGAAGGCGAGUCAAGGAUCAGACAUUCGGUUUCGAUAGAAUCUUCGACGAGAAUACAACCCAAGCCGAGGUCUACGAAUCAACGUCGCGCAACCUGCUGGACAGCGUCUUGGAUGGAUACAACGCGACCGUCUUCGCCUACGGUGCCACUGGAUGUGGAAAGACGCAUACUAUUACCGGUACAGCUCAGCAGCCCGGCAUCAUUUUUUUGACAAUGCAGGAGCUCUUCGAAAAAAUUGAGGACCGAAAAGGAGAAAAGAUGACCGAAGUCUCGCUUUCGUAUCUCGAAAUAUAUAACGAAACGAUCCGAGACCUGCUCGUGGAGGGAGAACGAAAGGGUCUGAUGUUGCGUGAAGAUGCCAAUCAAGCAGUUUCAGUUGCUGGGUUAUCUAGCCACCACCCCCAGAACGUGCAGGAAGUCAUGGACAUGAUCAUGCACGGAAACGAACGCCGUACCAUGUCACCCACCGAAGCCAACGCAACUUCGUCGCGGUCCCAUGCAGUGCUCCAGAUCAAUGUUGCUCAGAAAGAUCGCAAUGCAGAUGUUAACGAACCUCACAUAAUGGCGACUCUGAGCGUCAUCGAUCUAGCUGGAAGUGAGCGAGCAAGCGCAACGAAAAACCGAGGCGAGAGACUCCAGGAGGGAGCUAACAUCAAUAAAUCGCUACUUGCCCUGGGAAGCUGCAUCAACGCUCUUUGCGAUCCACGCAAGCGAAACCACAUUCCUUACCGGAACUCCAAACUUACUCGACUGCUGAAGUUCUCGCUUGGGGGUAAUUGCAGAACCGUUAUGAUCGUUUGUGUAAGCCCGUCGAGCCAACACUUUGACGAAACCCAGAAUACGCUCCGCUAUGCCAACAGAGCGAAAAACAUCCAGACAAAGGUGACAAGGAAUGUGUAUAACGUCAACCGUCAUGUUAAGGACUUCCUCGUCAAGAUUGAUGAGCAGAUGGCUUUGAUCAAGGAACUCAAAGCUCAGCAGAAAGACUACGAAUCCAUUGCUUUCGCCAAAUUCCGGAAACAGAAUGAAAAGAAAGAAGCCAUAGCCCGAGAAGGCGUGGUUCGCCUGCGAACUGCCUAUGAGAAUGCGGCAACAGAGAGACAAGAAAGAGUGUCCAGCAUGCUGAAAUUAAGACAAGUCAGUCGACGAAUCGGCAUGUUAUCAUCCUGGAUUGCUGCUUUCGACAAUGUUUGCUCUUCGUGUGAGAGCGAAGCACCAAUGGCCAACCUGCAGGCUAUUCGAAAAACAGCUCAAGGUAUUCUGUUUGAAUUAGAAAACACUCGUCAUCACUUCAACCAACGAAUUUCGAAGAACAAUUGGGAUAGAGCUAUCAACACCGCACUUGAGCACGGCGUUAACCAGCUCCGGGAAUUCGAGACCAGCGACAAUACCGACGUCGCCAACCUUACUCGUGAAGCAGAAUUGCUCAAGGCCAAUGCUGACCGCGAAAUGCUAUCGACUAUUUCCGAACAGGAGAAAAUGGGAGAAACAGCCACGGUGCAAAUGCUCCUUCAGGCUCAAUUUGAAAUAGUCUCUUCGAUCGAGAACAUGAUGCAGCUCACCGAGGCAGAAGCGAUUGAAGUUGGCAAAAAGAUUCUACACAAGAUGCUUUCGUCGUGUACCACUUCGGUCACCAACAUUGUCAAGCCCGAUGGAAAAAUGCCGACCAUCGAUAUUUCUCCCACACCCAGGACAGAUGCUCCUGUACGGCGCAGAAAAUCUAGCCUUGCUGGAAUCCCUUCCAAGCCAUUGAAACCUGUCACGGCGAUGGCACCACACGUUGUUGUUUCUCCGAUAAAGAAUUCCCCACGCCGUCGCAAGACGAUUACUGCAAAGAAGGCAGUCACGUUCACCCCUAAAAAGACUCCUAUCAAGACAAGCAAGCGAGCAGUUCGAUGGAAAGAUGAUGAGCAAGACGGAUCCCUUGCAGAGUUCGAAAAGACACCACAGAAAUCAGAGGCACCCGCGGCAGAUUCGUCGGAAGAGCUGCCACUUCCUAGAAUAUCGCCUGUUCCCCGAGGGAUCCCUGUCUUCACCAAGAAUGACGAAUCAUCGCCCAGAUCUUCAUCUCCUACCCCCCCGCCAGAGUCGAAUUUGGAAAUCCAAAAUAAGAACAAUCGAUUCAAGGCUGGCUUUUUGGCAAAGAAACCCGGAUCACCUGUUCCACCCACUGCGACCAAUAUCUCGCUAGAAGAGCAUUCUCCUCUGCGUAGUAUAGAAAAUAGCAGUUUCUUAAACCGGCCAUCGAUUGACCGGCCAUCCAAGAUCGCCGUACGCUCUCCCAGUGGUGGCUACAGCAGCCCCAGCCCGGCCCCCGACAGUGAGAAAGGUUGGAAAGCCGACAAGGAGGAUGCCAUUAAAAUCAAUGCAGCCAUGAGACGAAUUUCUGGCGGCCAGUUUGGAAACGGUGCUUCCGCUGCUCCCGUAGGCAAAUCUCAGCGUCGCCGAAGCCCUACAGCUGGGUCCCUCGGCAGUUCACCUCCAGAUACCGGCAUGUUCUCUGCUUCAGAAGCAAGGCGCAUGGUCAAAAGUGACAAGAUCAAUGAUACCAAACCCAAUGUUCUCGGCCCACGCGUUCUCUCGGUGACGAAGAAUUCCCGACGUAUCACAAUGGGCGGUGACCUGCGCCCUCGAGAAGUGAGUCUCACUGGUCGUGAUGCCAUGAGACUCAGCAUGGCGGCUGGCGCAAACCCAGAGGCCCGAUUUAGCCUUGGACCGGCGGUAAGGGGAGCCUUGAGGUAA